CGACUCUAAUCUUGACCGCUGUACAAACAAACACAUGGCACCAUCCAUCUUGCUCUUCGGUCUUUCCUACAAGGAUCCUAUGAUCCCCGAGCACUUGAGAGAGCAGCUCCGCACCAGCCUGGACAAACUGGACACAGAUAUGCCCAAGACAGGCUACAACUACGAGAGCCUCUUCUGCGGUCCGGAGGGAUUUGAAUCCGCGCCCGACUCUAUUGUCUCGCCCAUCGUCGACAAGCUACAGAAGAUGAAGUGGGAUGUGGUGGUCAUUGGUUUCGGAGUACGGGGGAAGCCGGAGCUCACGUUGUACUUUGAGAAGUUGGUGAAUGCGAUUAGAGAGUAUGCACCACAGGCAAAGUUAGGGUUCAAUAGCUCGCCCGGAGAGACGCUAGAUGCGGCGAAGAGAUUGGCCCCAGUUUAGAGUCCGCGGUGUUGGCGAUAUACAGGGUCUGGCGAAGGAUCCCCACAGAUUCGUGCCUACAUUUGUAGCCAAGAAUAAUUGACGGUUGCGUUGAGCCAGAU